AUGAGUCGAACUGCCGAAAGGCAAUGCGAGCGUUUUGCGAUGGACGAGCGGAUAGGAGCCGUAGUUCAUAAACAGAUACCGGAAUCCCAGCAGGUGACGGAUUCUGAGACGGUAACGGAUUCUGACCAGGCUCGGGAAACGACUCUCGAGCAGUCGUCUGGCCAGGGACGGGAUACGGGUCAGGCAGUUAAAGCGGAGAAAAAGAAGCUUCCCCGCCCUCGCUCGUCCUCGGCGAAACGGAAACCGCAGGAGAAAGGGAAGGCAAAGGAGCGAGCGAACGAGCAGCAGCUGGAGGAGGAGCAGUCUAGAGCAGAACGAGAAAAGGUUGUGCCUGAUCGGCCGGUGUCAGGAGUUUGGUCAACGACAGAGGAAGCUUCAUUGCUGACUGCCGAGCAGAUACGGCAGGAUAGGGAAGCGAACGGUCAGCAGGAAGAAGGGAAGCAGUCUAGAGCGGAACCACAGAAGGUAGUGGCAGGUCGGCCGGCAACAGGGCAAGCCGCAGAGCUGACAGCCGAGCAACUACGGCAGCACACGGAGCGAAUCAAAGGGCCGCAACCCCAGGACCUUGCUGCGCUACGCGCCAGCCCUCGCCGCCCAAGCAGUCCCGGCUUGUCGUCUAACGUGAGCGUUCGGCAGCUGAGGUCUCUCUUCGAACAGUCCAAGACCGGAGGAGUAAGAACCGCCGGAGCAGCGGGGCCGGUUCGAAAAGCGAGUAAGGCCAGCAAGAGCAGCAAGAGCACCGUGCAGAAGCGGCAGCAGGGGAAGCAGGCGUUGCAGGGACUGCCGAACUCACCCUGUCAUGUGCCGACGAGCUCGAGCACGAGCACGAGCAGAGGAGGAGACGAUGGGUGCGGGUUGGGAGAGGCUUCGAGACGUCUGGAUGAGGAGUGUUUGGGAAAUGACGGUGCGAGUUGCAGGGAGGCUGGGGCUGAAGCAAGCGGGGAAGACGAAGGAGUGGAAUGCGGUGCUUGUGGCGUUUUAAUGGGUGGUGAGCCGAGCAGGGAGGGUUUUGCAUCAGGGUGUGACAAUAACGGGUUGGACUGCAGCGGGGGGAGCAGGAGAAAUGGCAAUGGCGAGGGAAACAGCAGCAGCAGAGGGAAACGAGCAACGGGGAAGGGAAGGCAGGCGUUUGGAACGGCCACGCUUCUUUCUGAUGCGGUUGAGAUGGAUACAGAUGGGGAGGGACAUGGAGGGGAGAGACGGCUGGGGGUGACCUUCGAAAGCACAGAAGGAGAAGAGGAGAUGGGCGCAGGGGAAACCGUUGUCCUCGUUAUAGGGAGCGGAAAUACUGGCCUUACCUCAGGGGUUGUGAUGACUCCAGGCAGAACGAGGCGGAAGAGAGAGGGUGGGAGGACGGGGGGGCGAGGGAGAGGAGGAGGUGCGGGCAUGGGGCAAGGUAGGGUGAGAGGGACGGUGGGGGAGAGGAUACGACAGCUGGAGAUAGCAGCAGCAAGCGCGGCUGCUGCUGCAGGCGUGGGGAGGGGGGCGAUGGUCGGGAGGAAAGGGAGAGGAGGAGCGGCAGGAGUUGCUGCUGCUGCUGGUGGUGGUGCUGGUGGCAGGGUGAAUGCUCGUAGAGAGUGGGGCCCCAAGGGGAGAAAAGCAGCGAUGCUUGCUGCUGGGGAGACAGGAGGAGCAGGGAUUGGCAGUGGGAAGCGGAAAGACCACGAAAUUAGGGAGGAUGGGGACGGGGAUGGGGAGGGAGAGGGGGGGUGUAUUGGGGAGGAUGGACUGGGAAAGGGCUCGGGUGAUGGAUUGGGGGAUGUACCUGUGCUGACUGUGGGAGGAGCAGACAACCGGGCGGUUCUUGAGGGUGCUGUUGUGAGUGUUGCUACCGUCCGUGGUGCUGGUACACGCGGGGCGGCAAGGGGGAGAAAGGGAGGGAAGAAGGGGAGUGCAGCAGAGGAUCAGCUUCCGUUUUGGGCGGCAGACUCGUUCUCCUUCCCCUACAUCACGCCAGCCACUCCCCUUCUGACACGUGGCAGCACCAGGAAGCGAUUCUUUGCCGCUGAUCUCUCCGUCGCUGCUGACGUGGCAUCAUCCAGUGGCCAAUCAGACGAUCCCGCCCCUGGAGCCAUCUACUUCCCUCGCCACACCGACCCCUGCAAGGCCUCUCCCGUGCAGCCCUGUGGCACGGGCGUGUGCACCAAGGCACGUGCCCCGUGGGACCCGUCUAUCCUCGUGCCCUCCUGCAAGUGCCCCUUGAAGCUCCCCUCCUUCCAACCCUCCCACCUUGCCGGCCUGCCCUCCUGCUUCCCUGGUGAGCCGUGGACUGAGGUAGGCAAGAGGCGGAGAGCGGUAGUCUGCUGCUCACUCACUCUUGCUCUCUUCCCACUCUGCUUCCCCGAUUGUCUUUCCCCUUCCCUCGCCCUCCCUAAACCAGAUUCCUUCACAUGUCGCCAGUUCCCCCGCAACCCGUGUGCCCCGGGGGUGUGCAUUGAUGACAUAGAUGGCACCUACUCCUGCCUCUGCCCCUCGCCCUACUUCCCCUUCUACUUUUACCCCAAAGGCGCUGCCCGCUGUUACCAUUGUGCGUACCACAUGCCCAUCCGAUGGCUCUUAUCGUCAUGGCUCUCAUCACAUGCACCUCUGCGAUUGGCUGAGACUCGAAUGCCCACCUUCCUGUCGCCCUACGGCCUCACAUGCGCGCUCAUCCUCAACACCUACGGGCUCACCCAAGCAGACUUCUUCAGCCAAAACAAGGGGUUCCAGUGCCGAGCGCCCAUCCCUGUAGGCACUCUUGUUAACGUCACCAGCCGGGCUUUCUCCCAAUGCACUGCCAUGUACACUGCUAAUUAUGGUGACACGUGUGACUCACUCAACGCCCUCUUCUCCACGCAGAUACAGCCGCUCAACCCCGCCCUCACCUGCUCUGAUGGGCCCAGACCCGGCCAGCUCCUCUGUGUAUCCCUCAACCAGACGUGGCUAGAAGAGGGAAUGACCCGCAUAUCAUGCAAGCUCCAGGCCCAAAUCACCCCAGCCGUGACACAAACCCCGCCCACAACCUCACCCAGCCCUCAACCACCCCCUCCUCCUCCGCCUCUAGCCAACUACACGAGCGUAGGUGUGCUCGUGACGGUCCUCCAGGGCCCGCAGACCUGCCAGCAGCUGUGGCGGGCGUUUGCCAUCGCCUCCCCCACGCGCUUCUUCCAGAUGAACCCCGGCCUCUCGUGCGACUCGCUGCUGCCGCACAGCCCCCUGCAGGGCAACAUGAUGAGAAGGGCUGGCACCAGAGAGGUGAAUGGGAGAGUUCAAGCAGCAGCGAGCCGACCCUCACCUGGCUGUGCUGAGCCUCUCACCCAGCUGUGCCGAGCCUCUCACCCAGCUGUGCCGAGCCUCUCACCACGCCUGGCUGUGCCGAGCCUCUCACCACGCCUGGCUGUGCCAACCCUCGCCUGGCUGUGCCGAGCCUCACACGUGCCUGUGCCGAGCCUAUUGUCAUCAUAUCAAUAA